CAUGGUGGCUAGCAGCAGUCGCCCUUCCUCCUCAACCUCUCAGAGGCUUCACCUUUCCUCAGCUUAGCUAGCUAGCUGCUCGAUCCGGCGGCGUGAUCGAUCGAUCUCUCUGAUUCUAUCAGGUGUUCGACCAGAUUCCAUCGAUGGACAGCACGAGCUGUCUCUUGGACGACGCGAGCAGCGGCGCGUCCACGGGCAAGAAGGCGGCGGCGGCGGCGGCGUCGAAGGCGCUGCAGCGCGUGGGCAGCGGCGCCAGCGCGGUGAUGGACGCGGCCGAGCCUGGCGCCGAGGCGGACUCGGGCGGCGAGCGGCGCGGCGGCGGCGGCGGGAAGCUGCCGUCGUCCAAGUACAAGGGCGUGGUGCCGCAACCGAACGGGCGGUGGGGCGCGCAGAUAUACGAGCGGCACCAGCGGGUGUGGCUCGGCACGUUCACCGGCGAGGCGGAGGCGGCGCGCGCCUACGACGUGGCGGCGCAGCGGUUCCGCGGCCGCGACGCCGUCACCAACUUCCGCCCGCUCGCCGAGUCCGACCCGGAGGCCGCCGUCGAGCUCCGCUUCCUCGCGUCCCGCUCCAAGGCCGAGGUCGUCGACAUGCUCCGCAAGCACACCUACCUCGAGGAGCUCACGCAGAACAAGCGCGCCUUCGCCGCCAUCUCCCCGCCGCCCCCCAAGCACCCCGCCUCCUCUCCGACGUCCUCCUCCGCCGCGCGCGAGCACCUGUUCGACAAGACGGUGACGCCCAGCGACGUCGGGAAGCUGAACCGGCUGGUGAUCCCCAAGCAGCACGCCGAGAAGCACUUCCCGCUCCAGCUCCCUCCCCCUACCACAACCUCCUCCGUCGCCGCCGCCGCCGACGCCGCCGCCGGCGGCGGCGAUUGCAAGGGCGUCCUCCUCAACUUCGAGGACGCCGCCGGGAAGGUGUGGAAAUUCCGGUACUCCUACUGGAACAGCAGCCAGAGCUACGUGCUCACCAAGGGGUGGAGCCGCUUCGUCAAGGAGAAGGGGCUCCACGCCGGCGACGCCGUCGGCUUCUACCGCGCCGCCGGUAAGAACGCGCAGCUCUUCAUCGACUGCAAGGUCCGGGCAAAACCCACCACCGCCGCCGCCGCCGCCGCCUUCCUCAGCGCGGUGGCCGCCGCCGCCGCGCCGCCACCCGCCGUGAAGGCUAUCAGGCUGUUCGGUGUCGACCUGCUCACGGCGGCGGCGCCGGAGCUGCAGGACGCCGGCGGCGCCGCCAUGACCAAGAGCAAGAGAGCCAUGGACGCCAUGGCUGAGUCACAAGCACACGUGGUUUUUAAGAAGCAAUGCAUAGAGCUUGCGCUAACCUAGCUAGCACGCUGAUGCAGCUAGCGUUUUUUUUGCUCAUUCGCUUGCUUGCUUAAUUAAUUAUUCAGAUAUAUGCAACAUAAUUAAUGGUUAGUUUAGUGACUCUUGAUCAAAUCUCUUGCUUGCUUGCUUGAUUUCAUUUCUUGUCAUAUAUGCUCUACUCUACCACAAUCGAUCUAGUCUUUGUUAAUCCUCCAUUUCUUUCUCAUUUUAAUUUGGCAAGUGUAUACUAAUUCUGCCCUAGAUUAAGAGCUUCAUGCAUGCCAUAAGAAGCAACGUUUGAUCGAUCGAGCUAGCAAAACUCUUGUUGUCUCUAGCUCGAUCUAGCUCAGCUUCUUUCCUUCUUCAAUUCAAUUCCUAAUUAACUGUGAGAUCGAUGUGAUGCAAAAAUUAGAGGAGACAUCAAUCAAUUUGUGGCUACUACUAUACA